AUGGAUACGCUUUACGUGCUGAAGGUCAAGUGCCGCGGUGUUCUUCGUCGCAUCUCCUCUCGUCGCGACCCUCCGGCCUUCGACCACGUGGACGGUCAGAUUCGCAAGCUCUUCAAGAUCCCCGCCGACAAGCCAAUCACCGUCACGUACACGGAUUCCGACGGUGACGUCAUAACGGUUUCCACGGACGAGGAUCUUCACGACGCGUUUAUCUACCAGGAGCUGAAUCCGCUUCGUCUCGAUGUUGCCGUGGAGUCUGACGAUUUUGUCGACGUUUGCAGCCUUGACGGGUCUGUCUACUCGUCCUCGUCGUUCGGCGGAGAUGCUGCGCCAUCUGCGCCGUCCGUCCCGUCUGCGCCGUCUGCACCGUCCGCUGUUGCUCCUGCUGCCGUGAAUUCCACUCCCGCUCCUGCUGCUUCGGAUUCAGCCGCCGACUCUGCUGCGCAGACUGUACCUGUUCCUCCCGCCCCUGCUGUUGACGAACCUCCUCCUGCGCCUGCUUCUGCUCCCGCUCCUACCCCUGCUCCUGCUCCGACGCAGCCCGAUUCUGCCGCUCCUGACGCCUCGGCUUCCACCUCGGAGCCUGCUCCUGCUGCCGCUGAUGCUGCUCCUGCUGCCUCUGAGCCUGCUCCCGCUGCCGCUUCCAGCUCGGCUCAGUCCAGCAAGCCAUCCGUCCCUGAAGAUCUCGAUGAGGCGUUUGAGGCGAAAGUUGCGGAGUUCGCCACCGCGGUGGAGAAUCAGAUCCUGAAGGCUCUGGCGUCGGGCGGGCAGCUGGAGCGCAUGCUGGCGCAGUACGGCCCGAUUCUCAAGGACGCUCCUGGGAAGAUUGCGCAGGUGCUGGCGACGGCGCGGCGCAGCGGGCUGGACGUGGUGUUUGAGCCGAUUCUGGAGAUGCACCAGCGCCGCCAGCAGCAGGACCAGCAGUAUGGGGGAUCCAGCGGCGGUUGUGGGUCUUCCAAGCCUUCCACGUCGUCUGCGGCUGAUUCUGCUGCUGCUGCCGCUGCUGCCGAUUCAGCUGCUGCCGCCGCCGAUAUUGCCGCUGCGGUUUCGGCCGAUGUUGCCGCUGCGACCUCUGCAGUGGCUGCUGCGAUUGCUGCUGCAGCUGACGCCCUUGGUCCCAACCCUGAGGUCGCUGCUCCUGCACCUACUCCUACACCUGCGCCUGCUGCUGCUGCUGCUGCUGCCACGGCUCCUGCUGCUGCAGCUGCAGCGUCGGCCUCAGAUUCUGCAAGUGAGAGUGCUGAGGCGGUUCACUACGGCAUCACAUGUGACGGCUGUGACAUGCGCCCUCUUAAGGGCAAGCGUUACCGCUCCCUCGUGAAGCAUGACUUCGACCUGUGCGAGGCGUGCUACAGCAAGGAGGGGUCCAUUUCAGAGCACUACGAGUGCAUCGUCAACCCUCCAGCUGCCAAGGUCUACUUCCCUGUUAAGCCGGCGGGUGCUGCUUGCUCCGCUGGUACUGCCUCUGGAACUGCCUCUGCGUGUCCUGCUACAGCAGCAUCUGCCUCUGCUGCGGGUUCCCAGGGCAGUGCUGCAGAGAAAGCGGGCGAGGCUGCCAAGGUGGUGCAUUACGGCAUCAUCUGUGACGGCUGUGACAAGCGCCCCAUCCAGGGCAAGCGAUACCGCUCCCUCGUGAAGGACGACUAUGAUCUGUGUGAGGCGUGUUACAGCAAGGCGGGGGUGGUGGCGGAGCACUAUGAGUGCAUUGACCGCCCUCUCUUCCGCCCCUCGCGCCUGCAGCACAUGGCCGCGCACGCCGCUGCCAUGGCUGGCAUGCAGCCAGAAGGAGGACGCCCCUUCUUCGCCCCACGCCCGCACUGUCCCUUCUCGCACCACUCCAUGCCGCACUCUUGGGGCCCGGGCAACAAGCAUCACCACCACCAGCACCCGCAUCAGCACCCUCCCCAUCACCACCACCCAAACAGCACUGCUUUCACCAGCAGCAGCAGCGUGGGCGGAUCAGUGGGCGGGACAGUGGGGCAGUUGCAGUAUGGCAGGGUGCAUGGGCGGCUGCUGGACGCGCGGUAUGUGAGGGACGUGAAUGUGCAUGACGGCACUGAAAUGGCGCCGCUCACCCGCUUCACCAAGAUCUGGCGUCUGCGCAACAGCGGGAGUGUUCCCUGGCCGUGUGAUUUGCAGGUCAUUCAUGCGGGAGGGGACCUGCUUUCAGAGACCAGCACCGUUCCCCUUGAGCUUCCGCGUGGAGGCGUGUAUCCCGAGCAGGAGGUGGACGUGGCAGUGGACAUGGCAGCACCUGCCCGCCCCGGGCGCUACAUGUCUCACUGGCGCCUGCUGGCUCCUGGUGGUCCCAAGUUUGGUCACCGCUUCUGGGCCCAGAUCCAGGUCGUGGAGCCCAGUGCAAUGGAGGAAGAACCAGCACCUCUCCUUGCCGCUGCCCCUGCUGCCGCUCCUGCUGCUGCGUCUGCACCUCCUGCGCCUCUUGUGCCUGCUGCUGUGGCUGCCGAGUCUGAGUCACCUUCCCUACCUGAAGUCGUUUCUGUGAAGGCCAGCCCGAGUACGGACGCAGCAGCUGAUGCUGCUCCAGUGGAAGACGCCGCAGCUGGUGCUGCUGCUGUGGAUCAGGCAGGUGCCGAGGAGGCUGUGGAGGAGAGUGGUGCGGUAUCUGUCGUGCAAGUAGCAGAGGAGAAGGAGGAGGCUGGAAGUGUUCAGGCGGAGGAGGAGGAGAAGCUUGAAGUUGCUGUGCAGUCGAAUGAGGUGGUUGAGGAAGAGCAAGCUGAGGAGGUGAAGGAAGAAGUGAAGGCGGAGGAGGAGAAGCAGGAGGAGGAGCAGGAGUGGGAGGAUCCGAUCAUCACUGCGAUCCGCAACGCUGCGGAUAACAUCGGGUCUACAGCCGCUGGUGCUGCUGCUGCUGCCGAGUCUGAUGUUGGUGCAGCCAUGGCUGCUGUGGGAGACGUGGUGAUUGACGUCGCCCCUGCCUCUGCUGAACCUGCUGCGCCUGCAUCUACUGCUGUUAUUGCAGCUGCAGCUUCUGCUGAGGAGUGGACUGACCUGCGCGCUUCUUCGCCUGCAGACGACACCGCUAGCACCAUCAGCACCACCACCGAUGCCACCACUUCAGAGACCAUCCCCUCUGUCCUCACUGCUUCAGACGUCUCAUCCACACUCCUGCCGCCCCUUGCCUCAUCCUCCUCCAAUGCUGCUUCCGAUGCCUCCUCAUCUGUCAGCACUCCCAGGGCGGAGGACACUGCUGUCGGCAGCUUCUCCCUCGUGAACGUCUCCUACCCCUCCAUUGCCUCCAUUGCCUGUGUUGCGCCUGUUCCCGCUGCUCCCGCACCCGGCCAGUCCCUGUACCCCUCGGUUGAGAGCAUUGGGGUUUUGGUGCAGGAGGCAGCUGCGGCUGCGGAAGCUGCUGCAGGUGCUGCUGCUGGUGCUGUGGCUGCUGCCGGUGGUGCUGUGACGGAGGAUCUGCUGACAGGGGACGACUAUGUGAAUGUGUCUCAGGAGGUGCCGACCGCUCCCGUGCUUGUGCCUGCUGCUGUGCCUGCACCUGCUGCCAUGCCGUCGCCUGCGAGCUUCCUGGAUGAGGAAGAGGAGAUUGAGAUGGAGACCCCUCCUCUUAUUGUCAACUCGUCCGCACCCGCUGCUGCUACUCCCAGCACUCCCGCCGCUACUUCAGAGGCUCCUGGUGCUCCUGCUGAGGCUCCUGCUGCUGCACCAGUUUCACCUGCCCCGUCUGCUGUUGCGGCUCCUGGGGCUGUGGCUUAUGGCGGGAGGUAUGACAGCCAGGUGCAGCAGCUGUUGGAGAUGGGGUUCCCGUAUCCUGCUCUGAAUGGAGAGCUGCUGGAGUUUACCAGUGGGAACAUGGAUGAGGUGGUAACCAUGCUCGUGAAGGUUACGACGGAGUGGCAGGAGAAGAUGGACGAGCUCGAGGAUAUGGAUUUCACGGACAAGGAGAUGAACAUGCGGCUGCUGCUGAAGCACGAUGGUAGCUACAAGCGCACUGUGCGCGAGCUGGUGGCGCUGGACAAGGCCAGCAGGAAGGCUGGCAGGGCUGAUCGCGCUUAA